AUGAUUAUAGACCGUCUGCCUGACGAACUCUUGGAACACAUCUUCGUGCUCGCUGGCGAGCUUCCCCCAUGCGAUGCUCGUGUAGACGCAACACCAACAGUCCGACGCCUUUACCUGGAUCGGUCCCGACGCCGCCUUCUUGAUGUGGAGAUUAUUAUCACAAUGCAGAAUGGCGCCAAUUUGUCAGGCCGACCGGUCUCUCAGACCGCGUUGCGCACGCUGGUCACCACUAUCAUUCAAGAAUUGCCUCGGUGGAGACAAAUUCAUGUCAGCACUCCGUUCCCGGACCUUCUGGACGUCGUCAUGUCUCUAUUGGGUCAAGAAAACUUGAGCGCACCGUCGCUCGAGAUUAUGGCGAUCGAAUGUCCAUUCGAAGCAGGCCUACUCAACAACGAGUCGUUACCUCGUUUGAGGUCGUUCGAUGUGGCGAGCGCCCCAUGGACAUUGUCAGACCUUCACGUCUUAUCCAACGCCGCGCCACAGCUCACACAUCUCGCUGUCACGUCGAGCUACAAACUGGACUCGCACGUCUCCCUUCACUUCCCUGCCCUCCGGAGUCUGCGGAUAGGCGACUACUUUCAGAACGCGACCAUUCUGGAGUUACUCGAGGCGCCGCAGCUGGAGGUUUUGCAGAUCGAGGACAUGGAGGUGCAGUUCAACGUCACCGCGGGCUGGUAUGUGGACGCGCUGAGAGACGAUGGUUCCAAUGGCGACCAAGGCAAGUUUCCGAACCUGCGAUCUCUGCGCCUGCAGAUGCCUGGCUCGCCCGAGGAUCCGUCGCCACUCAUCGUGGGUCAACGCUUCAGCGAGUUCCUGAGGCUGUUCCCGAGCAUCGAACACCUGGCGUUCGUCGGCCUCCACGUCCACCAGUUCGUCCGGGGCCUCGCCGCUCUGCACUCUCACGUCGAGCCCGACGACGUCCUCUUGCCGAGGUUGACCCACCUCACCCUUGGAGGCCAGUCGGAGCCGACGACGCUAGACGGGGAGCACGGCGUUCGCUUCUUCAAGUCGGUGAUGCAUCUCGUCAAGGUCCGACGAAAGGCGGACGCACCGCUUCGGAAGGUCCAGGUGCCAGCCAAAGUGCUUGCCCGAGACCGUUUCCUGCCGCAGAAGUUGUUCAUGCUUUUACGAAGCGGGCAGCGCAAGGACGUCGAGAUCGAGGGACUCCAUAUGCCAUAUCCCUCUGACGUCUGGCUAGGCUACAAGUGGGGCCUUCGGGUGCUACAGAGCUGCACAGCAAGGCCACUACCCUCCAGGAGGCGCCUAGAACUCCCUGACGACCUAUCAAAGGUCUCCUGCCGAUACCCCACAUUGAACAACGUUAUCCACUAUAGAUCUACUGUGCCACGAAGAGAUUCCUGGUUGUAA